UCUCAUUCCGACCGGCGAAACGGUUGCGCGUGCGUUCGUGCGAGCUCAACACGGCCGUUCUUUGUUUACAAACAAUAAAUUUAUCUUUGACCCUCGAGUUUUAUCACCCGUUCACCAAAAAUAUCACUGGACACGGACUUUUAUUGGUGACAAUGGCGUUGAUCACAGAUGAAAUUGAUCUGGAGAGAGAGUACUCGCCGAGUAUGUGGUCGAAGAGGUUUUCUUCUUCGCAAGAAGUUACAGAACAUCACGUGAAUGUCGUCACUGCAGCUAGCGAAGCUGUAAUAAACAACGUGCCUCACAAACUAGAGAUCGAAUACGGUGCUACUCCAGGACAAAAGCUUGACAUUUUGGGCACAGAUCUUCCAGAUGAUUCUCCAAUCCUAGUAUUCAUCCACGGUGGUUACUGGCAGAUGUUGUCGCGCGAAGCAUCCCGAUAUCUCGCCCAGCCCCUCCACCGGUUUAGGAUCAAGACAAUCGUUGUGGGCUACGACCUGUGUCCAGUUGCGACGCUGCCAGAAAUCGUUAAUCAAAUACAGAAUGCUGCCAAGUUCGUUUUUGAGUAUGCAGAGAAGAUGGGCUCAAGAGGAGUAUACUUUGCCGGCCAUUCAGCGGGAGCUCAUCUGGUUGCAAAGCUGCUCUCAAACUCAGACUUCCUGGACAGCACAGAAGGAUCCCAACGUCUCCAAGGCGCCUUCUUGAUUUCAGGCAUUUUUGACUUAAGAGAAGUGGUUCACACAUCUGUAAAUCUGGCUGUACAGUUGCCCAUAGAAUGGUCUGUCCCACUCUCUCCUCAAUUCGAUUGCUUCACACACCUUCAGGCGAGAAAGGUUCGGGUGUACAUUUUAGCCGGACAAUACGAUAGUCCAACAUUUAAAAAACAAUCGAGGGAGUUUUACGAGCUCUUGCAUAAUACAUGCCUCAUGCAGAACAUGUACUUGGAGAUAAAAGAUAACUUCGACCAUUUCGAUAUCGUUGAAUGUUUUGCACUCGAUGAUAAUUAUCUUAAGAAUCUAUUAGUGCACGAUAUUCGUAAGCAUCUUUAAUUUACUUCAAAGUGUCCGUUAGCUAUUUUAUGAUCGAAUGAAGAAUGAUCUUUUCUUAUAUUAAAUCCUUUUUGUAAGACCUUAAAUACUAAGUUAUUUAGAUAAGAAAAAGUUAUUCGCGUAUUACCUUAAAUUUUAAGCUGUAAAAGAAAAAGAACAUCAAAUGUAUGAUGAAUUGAGUUCUUAUACGGAAUCACCAUAUUAUUUUGUUUUCUAAGCUGUUACUAGGAAUUUUCGCCUAGUUACAUAAGGUAACUUUAAAUAGGUUAGCUAGGUUAAGUAUAUCCAUUGAAAGUUAUCUGGAUUGCGAAAUUAUUUCUCAUAUCUUGUAGAUCUUUAAGUAAUGACUUCAUGCAUAUAAUAUUGACGAAAAGGCGCAUUAGACACACAGAUUUUAAAAUCUUUUUUUGAAAAAACGGUCGUAAUAGCUGUUUAUUCAGUUUGUUUGACCUUAGGGCUGCCGUUUUGUUGCCAUAUUAUGUUAUUAUAAUUAAAAUACUGUUUCUUAUCAUAGGUAAAAACGUUUAAUAAAAAAUAACAAGAAAUGAGUAGUUUUUCAUCGUUCAGUAAAAUAAAAUUAAUUAAAGUGACAAACAAGUUAAUGCAAAAAUAAAACCGUGUUCUAUCUAGUGAAAGUUGUGAAAAUAAGAUAAUACGCGAAUGGCUUGCAUAGAUGUAUAACUUCAGUGAUUCAUAGUAUAAGGUUAGGUAGAUGCGCUAGUUAGAUAUAAUCGUGUGUUGUAUGGAUAGUAUAAAUUCGAUAUGUAUUAUUGAAUUAAUAGGUACACCUAAUCUGUUGUCCAUAUGUUAAUAAGUUAACGUAAGAUAAUCGAGCAUUUUGAAUUGGUUAUCCAUGUUGGGAGAUCCAAACAAUUUUAUAAGAGUUAUGAAAAUUAAAUUUAUAUAAUAA